GGGAAGGAGUGUGUCAGCCAUGCUGUUGCGCCAGUAUGUACUGUCAACCUUCCAGGCAGCCAGAGCUUCACACUCUUCUCUACACACAGGAUUGGUACACAGAGACAGCUGAGAGAGAUACACACAUAGGGACUGAGACACAGCCGCUGUUCAGCAGAGCCAGACAAGCCCAGUAGUCAGCUGCCACAGCCGGGCCAGACAAGCCCAGUGGUCAGCUGCCACAGCCGAGCCGGACAGGCCCAGUGGUCAGCUGUCACGGAGGAGCCAGACAAGCCCAUUGGUCAGCUGCCACAGCCGAGCCGGGCCAGCACAGUGACAGCUGUCACGGAGGAGCUGGACAAGCCCAGUGGUCAGCGGCCACAGCCGAGCCGGACCAGCACAGUGACAGCUGUCACGAAGGAGCCAGACAUGCCCAGUGGCCAGCGGCCACAGCAGAACUGGACAAGAACAUCGGUCAGUUGUAACAGCGGAGCCAGACAAGAACAGUGGUCAGCUGUAAUUUUGUCUUCGUUGCCUAUACUCUGUUCUUUGUCUUCCUCAACAGCAGUUCAGCUCCUGGAUGCCCAGCCCUCUCCCCUCUAUAGAGAACCCCGGAAAUUCGGGGGCACCCCUUCCCCAUCUCCCAGUGUCCUGAAGCCAGGUGUCCAUCCCUGGGUGGUGGACAGCAGGCGGAUCCCGGCCACCCAGUGCCUGGCAGGCCCACAUGCGAGCAUGGUACUCCUGAACGGGGUGGAGGAUGGGGAUCUGCGGACUCGGGUUCGGCUGGAGCCCUUCAUACACCAGGUUGGGGGGCACGCUGGAAUGAUGCGCUACAAUGAGACGACCAUCUGCAAGCCCCUCUUCUCCAAUGAGCUGGGCUUCUACCAGUCCCUGCCCGCCGAGAUGCAGGCCUUCACUCCCCGCUUCAAAGGGUUGAUCUCAGUGAGCCUGGAGAGAGACAGCAGUGGGCAACUGGUACUGGUGGCCUCUCCCCAUAAGGACAACCAGAGCCCAGCUCCGCCAUCUCCCAAGGCCCACAGGAACAAGAAAACCAAGGCCAGCAGUCCUGAUCACCAGGAAAUCAGAGAGAUCCCCCUGCAGGACAGAUCCCACCAUGACAGGACUCUGGGCUGCACUGGGAGGGGGCUCGGCUCUGACGUGCCUUUCCACAUGGAGGACCCCAAUGGGAAUGAGAGCAAGCUCUCAGAGCAGAACAGCCACAACCCCUGGGGCCUGCGCUGCCACCGUGCGCAGCUCUCCCGCAUGUCCUCUCAGGGCGCCUCCAACGUGCUGCACUGGUUCGUGCUGCUGGAGAACGUGGUGUGGCCAUUCAUGCGUCCCUGCGUGCUGGACCUGAAGAUGGGCACACGGCAGCACGGCGACGAUGCACCCGAGGAGAAGAAGAGGAGACACAUGAAGAAGUGUGAGCAGAGCACCUCCUCCUCACUCGGCCUGCGGCUGGGGGGCAUGCAAGUGUUCCAGGUGACCUCUGACCACUUCCUGUGCCGGAACAAGUACUACGGCCGGACGCUGUCGGGGGCGGGUCUGCGGCAGGCGCUGUGCCAGUUCCUGCACAAUGGGCGAUGGGUGCGUCGCGAGCUGAUCGGCCCGAUUCUGCAGCGUCUCGGCCAGCUGCGCGCUGUCCUCCAGCGCCAGGGCUCCUACCGCUUCUACUCCAGCUCCCUGCUGCUCAUCUACGAGGGUGUGGAGAGCCCCUCCGCCUCCCCCAGUGUGGACGUCCGUAUGAUCGAUUUCGCCCACACCACCUUCCGCGGCGCCCACCACCCCCACACCCCUGCCUAUGACGGCCCAGACCAGGGCUACAUCUUCGGCCUGGACAACCUCAUUGGUAUCCUGAAGGAGAUCCGCGAUGGAGAAUGACGACUCCCACUGGCGGGCAGCUUUCUGAAGACUGACCUCGCCAGGGCUGGAUGAUGUAUAAAGACUGUAGACAAAGACUCUGACUGGCUCAUACACUCCAUUUGGAGGAACUUGUUGGUCUGUUGUUCAUUUACUGCAAGUUAAAAAGAUCAGGGAGAGAAGGGGGGCACAGGGAGAUGCCAAAAGCUCAAAAAUAGAGUAAACUGACAUCAGUUCUGGAGCUGAAGCUUCCAAGAUACCUGAUCGCUGUAUCAUGCACGACUUGAGUGAUUUGUACACAGGUGCCUUAAAAACCAGCAACUCACACUGCAGAGAGAUGGGUCCCCGUAACUUACUCAUAUUAAUGGCUGUGAGUUAUAAGAUAUUCACACACACAUUGUGAAUUUUGAGGAACAAAUUAACCAGCCAGCAUGGCUUUGAAGGGUGGAAGGAAACUGGAGCACACUGAGAAAGGCCACGUGGACACAGGGAAACAUGCAAACUCCACACAAUCUUUCCAAGUCCUGAAUCAAACUCGGGACCCAACAGCCAUGAGGCAGCAUCUCUAACCAUUACUGAGCCACCUGCAUCAUUGAAGUAUAAAACAAAACUUAGCUUCUUAGUUAGGCUUUUCCUUUUCAAUUUGUAUUGCUGUACAUGAAGACUCUGUAACGCGUCUGUAACCAAAGUGUAAUAUGUUUCCAGUGUUAGAAUUGUCAGCACAGUGAGUAUUAAAGUGGGGGGAGGGGGUGUUCUGCU